AUGCAAUUACUACAUCAAGCCAAGGAAAAUCAUCAGAAGAUCCAAAAUUUUGGUUUAAAAGAACACCCCUACAUCGUGCAGAAGUACUUUGGUCAAAUGGAAAAGCUUCAGGAUGAGAUAAUGAAGUACCUGGAAAACUGUCCUAAAGCAGCCCCAAAUCCCAGUGACGUAACAAUUUAUCCAAAAGAAGGCCCGUCAACAGGAACAACCCCUUCGUUGGACAUUCACCCUGCUGCAUCCACGACAGAAUCAAGGAAUGCAGUUCCCAGUACUGAAUCGUCAGUGGAACAAAGAGAUACAGGAACCAAUGAUCAGGCGAGACGUAUUCGCAUACAAAACGUUCGCUUUGACAUGCUGGAUCGUACCAUCUACACCAUCAACUCCGAAUUACUAGAAGAGAAACCCAAAAUUCGAUUGGAAUUUUUGCUGCAAAAAGUCAACAAAUUGUGGACAUCAAUAAUUGAGCUCAAUGAAGAAAUUGUAGCGGAAGGCACAGUAACAGACCAUCCCUACUUUACAGAGGAUACCUUCUGGACAAUGGAACAAAGAUUCCACGAGAAAGAGGGUGCAUCAGGUGAUCCAGUCCAGGAAAUAAAUGGAAAUUCAGCAGAGACAGAGUCUCUUCAUCGUGAAUUAGAUUUAUACAAAAAGUUAGUUUGCGAACUUGAAAAGGUAAACAAAUUACAAGAGAUGCGUUUAGAAGACAUAUCCGCAAAAAACCUAACCGUCAUUCCUGAAAAAACUACCUUGCCUUCACUUUAUAGCGAGAAAGCAAAAAAACAAGUAAACAAACAAUCGGCUGGUUUGUUUAUAAAAUCAAAUACUGAGGUGCAAUCGUCUGAUUUUAUGAAAGAGUUACGUAGUAAAAUCAACCCUUCGGCGUUGGAUAUUCAAAUAAGCAGUACAAAAGUGGCGAAAAGUGGCAUAAUAGUUACCUGUGAUGGAGAAAGUUCCAAAGAAAAAUUGAAGAAGAGUCUAGAGGAGUGUUUUGGUGGAAAUUUAACUGUAUCAGAUGCUAAUAAAUUAAAGCCACGCAUCUUAAUACGUUCCGUCGAUAAUGAGAUGGCUAAACUUCAGGAUGAUGAUUUCUUAAGUGAUUUGCGUACUAACAAUAAUAUACAAGGGGACUUGAAGGUUAUUAGGCGUAUUCAAGGCAAAUUUAACUACAAUUUUGUGAUAGAAACUGAUAUUACUACAAGGAAUAACAUAAUUAAGAAUGGUUUUGUUUACAUUGGAUGGCAAAAGUGCUUUUGUGAAGAUAAUAUAAUCAUUUCAAGAUGUUUUAAAUGUUCUCGACUAGGGCAUAUUGCAAAAAAUUGCUUAAAUGAUACUGUGUGUUGUCCGAUUUGCGCUGAUAUCCAUGAUUUAAAAGACUGUCCCAAAACUAUCAAAAAGUGCAUUAAUUGUGUUAACUAUAAUAAGAAAAACAAAACCCAGAUAUCUUGUGAUCAUGAAUCUAGAGACAGAAAUUGCCCAGUUCUAAAAUACCAGACUAGUUUAUUAAAAUCAAAAAUUGUUUAUGAAUAA